UUCUUCUCCAUGCUGCCAGCGGUGGUCCUUGGCCUGCCCAGCAUCCAGGCCACGGAAUCCUGCUUGCGCGCCUGCCCCACUGCCUGCAGCUGCAGCAACACAGAGCACGGCUGCUUGGUGCGCUGCGACCGCUCCGGCCUGCUGCGGGUGCCCGCCGAGUUCCCGUGCGAGGUGGCCUCUAUCGACCUGGACCGCAACGGCCUGCGCAUUCUGGGCGAGCGCGCCUUCGGCACAUUGCCGUCACUGCGCCGCCUGUCGUUGCGCCAUAACAACCUGUCCUUCAUCACACCCGGCGCCUUUAAGGGUCUGUCGUGGCUGGCCGAACUGCGUCUGGCGCACAACGGCGAACUGCGCUACCUGCACGCGCGCACCUUUGCCACGCUUGGCCGCCUGCGGCACCUCGACCUGGCCGCCUGUCGCCUGUUCAGCGUGCCCGAGCGCCUGCUCGCAGAGCUGCCAGCCCUGCGUGAGCUCGCCGCCUUCGACAACCUGUUCCGCCGCGUGCCGGGCGCUCUGCGCGGCCUGGCCAACCUGACUCACGCACACCUAGAGCGCAGCCGCAUCGAGGCGGUGGCCUCCAGCUCGUUGCAGGGCCUGCGGAGGCUGCAGUCGCUCAGCCUGCAGGCCAACCGUGUCCGCGCAGUGCACGCCGGCGCCUUUGGCGACUGCAGUGCGCUGGAGCACCUGCUGCUCAACGACAACCUGCUGGCCAUGCUGCCCGCUGAUGCCUUCCGCGGCCUGCACCGCCUCCGCACGCUCAACCUGGGGGGAAACGCGCUGGGCAGUGUGGCGCGUGACUGGUUCACUGACCUAGCAGAGCUGGAGCUGCUCUACCUGGACCGCAACAGCAUCACCUUCGUGGAGGAGGGCGCCUUCCAGAACCUCUCAGGCCUCCUGGCGCUGCACCUCAAUGGCAACCGCCUCACCAUGAUCUCCUGGGCUGCCUUCCAGCCUGGCUUCUUCUUGGGCCGCCUAUUCCUCUUCCGCAACCCAUGGCGCUGCGACUGCCACCUGGAGUGGCUGCGGGACUGGCUAGAGGGCCCUGGCCGUGUCGCCGAUGUGCUGUGCACUUCCCCAGGCUCUGUGGCCGGCCUGGACCUCAGGCAGGUGGCCUUCGAGCACUCCACCGAUGGCCUGUGUGUGGACCCCAUGGAGUUGAACCUCACUGCGUCUAGUCCAGGCCCAUCCCCAGAGCCAGAGGCCACCACUGUGAGCAGGUUCAGCAGCCUCCUCUCCAAGCUGCUGGCCCCAAGGCUCCAGGUGGAGGAGUCAAUCAACACCACAGCUGGACUGGCCAACACGUCGCUGCCCUACACCUUUCCCUCCUGUGGGGUUGGGGGCUUGGGCCACAAGGACUUGUUUCUGUUUGCCUCUUGUCUUUUGCUCAGCAUGGCUUUGUAUGUGACAUUUGGCCUGCAGAGGGACUGACC